AUGAACAUUAAUAAUCAAAAUUUUAAAUUUACAGCGGACAUUAGUAAAGAGAAAGUACAUUACUUAGAUCUGGAAAUAAGCAUACAACAUAAUGCAGUAACAACAAAAACAUUUUUUAAAGAAGUAGAUGCCAAUAAUUUUAUUCAUGAAACCAGUUGUCACCUACAAAGAUGGAAAGGUAACAUCCCAAAGGGUCAAUUCCUGCGAUUUAAAAGAAACUGUAAAGAAGCAGAUGACUAUGAGACCCAGUCUAUGAUUCUAAAGAAUACAUUUAUUGAUAGAGGGUACUCUGAGGAAACAAUAGAAAUGGAGAGAGUUAAGAUUAAAGAAUUAGAUAGAAAAGAUAUAUUGCAAUAUAAACCUAAAAAAACUGUACCAGCUAAUCUAUGCUCCCAGAUGUACCAUUCCGUCCUCUGCAUUGUGCUGCAUUUCCUCAUGUUGCGACUCAUGGGAAGGACGGUCACUGCAGUAUUCACCAGUUUCUGCUUUCAGAUGACCUACCUGCUUUGGGGUUACUAUGCCACAGCAACUCAUGACUAUGACAUUAAGUGGACGAUGCCUCACUGUGUCCUUACACUGAAGCUGAUCGGUCUUGCAUUUGAUUAUUAUGAUGGUGGGAAAGCCAAGAGCUCACUCACAGCAGAGCAGCAGAUCUAUGCAGUGAAGAGUGUUCCAUCAUUGCUUGAAGUUUGUGGCUUUAGCUAUUACUAUGGGGGAUUCCUGGUGGGGCCACAGUUCUCAAUGUGUAACUACCAGAAGCUUGUGAGGGGGGAGAUGACUGAUACUGAGGGACAGCGACCGAACAGUAUUGUGCCGGCUAUGAAGCGACUCUGCCUUGGACUCUGCACUAUGGUCAUUUACACCGUGCUGCAGCCGUACCUUCCUGAUAACUACUUCCUGACUGAAGAGUACUUGAACCAGCCUUUUUGGUACCGCUGUGUGUACAUCACAAUUUGGGGCAAAGUGAUGCUGUACAAAUAUGUCACAUGCUGGCUGGUGACGGAGGGUGUCUGCAUCCUGAGCGGCCUGGGAUAUAACGGUAAAGACGAGAAGGGACAUGUGCGUUGGGACGCCUGUGCCAAUAUGAAGGUCUGGCAGUUUGAGACCACACCGCUCUUUACUGGCACCAUAGCCAGUUUUAAUACCAACACCAAUGACUGGGUGGCCAGAUAUGUAUUUAAGCGCCUCCGUUUCCUGGGCAACAAAUUUGUGUCUCAAGCCUCCGCUCUCUUCUUUCUCGCCAUCUGGCACGGGCUGCACUCAGGAUACCUCGUCUGCUUCUCCCUCGAGUUCCUCAUUGUCAUUGUGGAGAGACGGGUGAGAUGGGGGAGAAAUCUGCUGACUGUGAAGGGGUGUGACCAAGGGACAGCAUCUAAAUAGUAAAAAGGGGAUAUA